AUGGCAGAGAAAAUGAUAGAGAAGGGCUCUGCGGCCAAAAAAAAGUCUGAGGAUAUCAAGUUUUUAAAAGACCGUGUUAGAGACAUUGAGGAAUAUGAGAGAGAAGGAGAUAAUUAUGAUGAUAAUCAUGAUGAAGAUGAAGAAAAUCCUCAUAAUGAUGGGGAAAGACAAGACAAUGAAAUAGAACUACCUGCAAAGAAGCAUAAAAAAGAUAACAAUAGGUUCUCUUCUAUGUCAAAGAAAUGCAGGGUGGGAAACACGUUUGGCUAUGGCAAAGGCGGAGGUGGAGGCUUCUUUAGAGGUGGUAGAGGAGGCCACAGAGGUAGCAGAGGUGGCUACCGUGAGGAAAGAGGUGGCUUCCGAGGAGGAAGAGGUCGAGGUUCCGGCCAAAUUCCAAAAAACUCCCAGAGAGGAGGAAAUCCACAGAAGUUUUAG